UGUACUUGUUUUUUGAAGGACAUGCACACUGGCAGGAGUAUUUAGCAGAUGCAUUCUUGUAUACGUGUGAUGCAUUUAUACAUAUGUGAUGGGGGAAGGGAUUGAGGAAGGACAUGACGAGUGUAACCCAAGUCAUCUAACUAGUGAACGAAAGCCCACGUUUUCCUCGCAGCUCUCAGUAUGCUAAUUUACUACAUGUAGAGCGCGGAACACAGUUCAAGACGCACUUUCCAGUUCAAACUCUUUCCAGAAGGUGCCCGUGCAAGACAACUAUGGCUCGCGCAGUUGCGACUUUGGCUCGAUGAAGGCAGAAUAAAAUAAUGUGGCAAUUGGCUCGCGUUGCUCUGUUUAUCAUCGGCGCUCUCUCUGGCAAUUGUUGGAGCCAUCCUGAGAAAUCUUCAGUAAUAAGCAGCUGCCUCAAGAGUUUUAAUUAUGACCACUGUCACUUAACCCCAGAAGGUGUUCAUGAUUUAGAUUGUUAUCAACGGCGACCAGAGAAAAAGACACGGUGUGUGUGGAAACCGGGACAACGGUCCUCAAAUAAAACAACCUACAGUCUCGUCAUAGAACAGAAAGAGAGAGAUUUCUGCGAAGGGUAUGAAAAUAUAUCCAAGACGACACAUCUGUUCGAGCCAUACACAGAUCAUGAAAUGACUGCAUACGUUGUCGAUGCUAGCAGUGAUGAGACGAAUUGCACGAUGGCAAUGUUCAAUGGGACACCAAAAUAUCUUGUGCGAUGUGGGCCCCCAGUACGGACUACCUUUAAACGAAACUCAAGACAAUUGGUGAUACAGGUCUUUUGGAUGGACAAAAAUGUAAAGAAAUUCCUUGUUAAAUACCGAGAGUUGAACAGCCUCCCUUGGAAAGAGGUGGACUCCUGUGAGAAAAAGGAGUGCAUUGUGGAUAAUCUGACCUCGUCACUGUCUUAUGAAGUUAAAGUGCAGUGUGUCAUAAACUUGAAAUGCCACCAGUGCCCCUGGAGCAAUGUUGCCAUCGUUCCACCUGAGCUAACCAGUACACCUGUUAUAGAAAAAUUUGAUGUCAUUUCACAGAAAAUGGGGAAGAGAUUGAUAGUCGCACACUGGAAGCUCGCAAACAGUGAGGCUGUGUCUGGCUACGACGUGGAGGUGGGGAAGGAAUCUGGGGAGUUCAGUCAGACACUAAGUGUCACCAAACCUAUGUUGAGUCUGAUCCUCUCGGGGUCGGCCUAUUACAUCAACAUUUCAGCCUUUAAUAGUGCUGGGACCUCACCCUCAGCUCACAGAGUGGUACCUGCUAUUACCAAUGCACAGGACUGGGGUUUGAAUGGGAAUCUGAACAUCACCUUCAGAAGCAACAACACGUUUGAGAUUUCCUGGAACCACACUUUGACUAGAACUUACUGGUGUUACUCUGUGGAGUGGGGUCUGAAGGGAGAGAAGAUGUCAUCCCGCCCACUACAUCGAAAAAGCAGCAACCGCGAUGUUAUCUCUCUGAAAGCCCCACUGCAGCCCUACAAAAGGUAUGUGUUCCUUUUACACACAAGACCUGACAAAGACACCUGUAAUCUCAAGAGUAUCAACAACAGUGAGAGCACCAACGGCAGGACCGAGGCCUACGCCAAGGAAGGAACUCCAGCUAGCUCCCCUGGAAACAUCACCUGCUUGGUGAGCAGCACCUCAUUAGCAUUAGCAUGGGAGCCUGUCCCAGAGGAGGAUGCCUGUGGAUUCAUUUUAGGCUACAACUUAUACUACGCGGAGAAUGGCAAAGGGCAGAAUUCCUCAGUGGUUAUAGACGACGCUGGUGCAAAUGGCUACACUUUGUCUGACCUGAAAAGUCAAACUGCCUACGAGGUCCAGCUGUCAGCUUUCACUGCAGCGGGGGAGGGUGCGCGGAGCGCCUCCUUCUACUUCGAAACCGCAAAUCCCGGGUACAAGGCUGUAGAGGGUGCUGCAGCAGGGAUUGUUGGAGGAGUGGUGCUUCUCAUAUUGAUGGCCAAUCUCUCCUUCCUGUUGUGUCAAAGGGCCAAGAAAGUGUUCUGGCCAAACAUACCAAACCCAGGCAACAGCAAUGCCAUCCAAAAAAUAGAUGUUGUCUUUGAGCUGGAAGUACUGCAGCCCCUCAGCAGGGAGAUGCUGGCCCCGUUAGAGGAGAGUGACACCAGCAGCCUGCUCAUCAUUGAGGGAAUAGCCGAAACGCUCCCGGCCCCCGCCAGCCACCUGAGCGUCCCGGACCCGGACGAGCCGUCUCCGGCCAGCUCCGCGGCGGACCAGGAGAGCCCGUCUCCCAGCCAGUGGCGGGAACCCUCUCCCACUCCCACAGAGACCGCCGAGAGGCGGGCAGCACCGCCGGCAGCAGUGAGCGAUUACACCACCAUGGAGCUCUUCCAGCAGACCAUGGCUCAGCCCCAGGCACUGGGCCCCGGGAUGCAGGCCCAGCAGACCAUGGCUCAGCCCCAGGCACCGGGCCCCGGGAUGCAGGCCCAGCAGACCAUGGCUCAGCCCCAGGCACCGGGCCCUGGGGUGCAGGCCCAGCAGACCCAGCAGACCACGGCUCAGCCCCAGGCACCGGGCCCCGAGGUGCAGGCCUAGCAGACCAUGGCUCAGCCCCAGGCACCGGGCCCUGGGAUGCAGGCCCAGCAGACUAUGGCUCAGCCCCAGGCACCGGGCCCUGGGGUGCAGGCCCAGCAGACCAUGGCUCAGCCCCAGGCACCAGACCCUGGGGUGCAGGCCCAGCAGACCACGGCUCAGCCCCAGGCACCGGGCCCCGAGGUGCAGGCCUAGCAGACCAUGGCUCAGCCCCAGGCACCGGGCCCCGGGAUGCAGGCCCAGCAGACCAUGGCUCAGCCCCAGGCACCGGGCCCUGGGAUGCAGGCCCAGCAGACCAUGGCUCAGCCCCAGGCACCAGGCCCCGGGGUGCAGGCCCAGCAGACCCAGCAGACCACGGCUCAGCCCCAGGCACUGGGCCCUGGGGUGCAGGCCCAGCAGACCAUGGCUCAGCCCCAGGCACCAGGCCCCGGGAUGCAGGCCCAGCAGACCCAGCAGACCAUGGCGCAGCCCCAGGCACCGGGCCUCGUGGUGCAGGCCGUGCAGGCCCAGCUGGCCAGCAGCACUCUGGUCAGGCCUGAGCAGGACUACAUCAGGCAGUGCAUGUGCCUCCCCAUCUCAGCAGCAGCGACGGGCUAACCGGCAAGCGGUGUUCCUCUGCUCUCUGAGCCACACCCUGUCCUCCAGGUUACUGUAUGAAAUUACUGCAGUAUUCAUUCGCCGGGUGUGUUUACUGCUGACAGACAGGAAGUUGUUUUAAUUGGUUAAAGGACAAUGCCUACUCAAAGCCUGUGCCAAGAAUCUCGGAGUGGUGAUAGACAACAGGUUGUCCCACUCCAAGAACAUCGCAGCAGUAAGCCGGGCAUGGAGAUUUUUCCUGUAUAACAUCCAGAGAAUCUGCCCCUUUCUCACCACCUACUCAACCCAGCUCCUGGUCCAAGCAAUGGUUCUCUCCCGCCUGGACUACUGCAACUCUCUGCUGGCUGGACUACCGGCAUCUGCCACCAGACCCCUGCAACUCAUUCAGAAUGCUGCAGCUCGUCUGGUCUUCAACCUCCCCAGACACUCCCACGUCACUCCCCUGCUCACUACCCUCCACUGGCUGCCUGUUAUAGCUCGCAUAAAAUUUAAAACAUUGGUCCUAGCUUACCAGGCAGUCAAAGGGUCAGCCCCAGCAUACCUCCACAAGAUAUUCAAACCCUACAUGCCAGCCAGAUCCCUCCGUUCUGCUACCUCAGGAUGCCUGGCACCUCCCCCUCUUUGCACCUGCACUUCCAGAACACGUCUCCUGUCUGUUCUGGCCCCACGAUGGUGGAAUGACCUCCCCGUGGAGGUCAGAACAGCUGAGACACUGACCAAUUUCAAGCGACGACUGAAGACUCACCUCUUCAGGCUGCACCUCUCCCCAUCCCUCCUUAUAAUCUCUUAAAUGAUUGUAAGCUUAGGGUUGUAACUAGGUAGCUGUUUCGUAGGUGACUUAGUUAAUGCACCUAUCUUAACUACUGCUUGUAUUUUUUUCAUAGACUGCGUUGUUGCUGUUCUCGUUGUGUUAGUUUUAAUCAGUUUAACCUUCAGGGUCCAGGUUGAACUAUGCGGUUGUUCCCUGCACUUGGACCGAUACUUCUCUCUAGGGUUUUCGUCAUACUUGUUCCUGGUUAUGGUUAUACACUUUGCUGUACAUCGCUCUGGAUAAGAGCGUCUGCCAAAUGCCUGUAAUGUAAUGUAAUGUAAAAGCCACCUUACCUACCUACUUAAAGCAAUACCAUUCAGUGUCAA